GAGCAAAUAAACAAUUAAAAAUUCAAAAUUAUACAUUUACGAACUGAAAUCAUGCCGCCGUCUGUGGAUCACGUGGUGCACCAUGUGCUCGCUCCCAUGGCAAUUGACGCCCUCGAUUGCAUAGUGCCGGUUGUCCGCCAACUGGUGAUCAUCCUGCACGAGUCGUUUCUCGUUGAUCACAAGGAGCCGGAGCCCGUGAUCGAUGUUUCCGGCAUGAUUCAGCCCGUCCGUAAAAUAGUCUUAAUCGUAAACGAUCCUACGCCGGAGAACCAUGCCGAUCAGGAGACGGUGGUCAGUUCGGAUGAGAUCAGCGGCCUGUUGGGUGGACUUUCGCGGAGCAUCCGGAACCUGGCCCGUUCGACGUAUGAUACCAUCUCUGCGCUGGCCAACUAGCUGGGAGAGUAGCCCCCGAGUUAGUUGUCAGCCCGGUCGAUCGAAAAAAUCCGAAACCGAUCCUCCUGAUCCUCCAGAAGAUCGUGCAACGGCUGUUCCCCCUCCGGAGCCAUG